UCCAAUUUUUUAUUUUCCAUUCUUUUACUCGUAGUUACAUCUUCAAGCAAUCUUGUUAUGCCAACAAAAACUAAACUGUCUAUAAAUCAUUUUGUUUCAUAUAUUUUCUUCUUACUAUUUAUUGCCAUCUGCUCUUCAGACUACGCAGCUUGGUUAAUAUCAUUGUAUCGUGAAUAAGGUUAACGAAGUAAGCGAAUAGAGUUAUGAAGGCCUCGGGUUGCGAUAACAUCGUGAUCUACCGUGACGACAAAAUUGGAUUAGGUUGCUCCAGUGUAUUCUUUUAUUUGUGGAUUGUACUAUUAUUAACUCCAUUUUGUCAAACACAUGCCGAUGAAAAUGUCAUUACCACACCGUCAUUGUCAAAUUUGGGCACUACAAAUUUAAACAGGAAGAAGCCUUAUCUUCGAUGGAGUCUUGAAAGUUUAUUUCUGAACGACUUUGUUUUAAAUGACGAAAGAAAAGAAUUGCCAAAAGAUACCAAUGACGUUCAAUUGGCUGAAAGCACAGUGCCGUAUAUGGGGAGAGUAGAAGUACUUCUUCCUGAUAACUCAUGGGGCACAAUAUGUGGAGAUGGAUGGACUGUGGAAGAUGCAACUGUAGUAUGCCGUCAAAUGGAAUUUGAAACUGGUGGAAUAAUUGCGAAGAAAAUUGGUAACUUCGGGCAUGGAUAUGGUCCUAUCGUCAUGUCAAAAGUUAAAUGUCACGGAGACGAGACUAAAAUCGAAGAUUGCUCCGCAGUAAAAUGGGACGGAAAACGAACUUUGCCCUGUAGUGAUGAUUUAAUGGGAGCAUCUGUUGUAUGCGGUUGUCCAUUGAAGAAAUCAAAAAAUUUGAAAAGUCGAUGCUUUUUAUACACUGGUUUACUGAACAGCGGGUUGACCUGUCAUCAUUCAUGCUCAGAAGACACGAUACUUGUCGGGGAUAAAAUUCAGACAUGUACAUCUGAACAAUCAUGGACUGGAACUCAACCAUAUUGCUUAAAAACGUCAGAUGAAAGAGGAGUGUGUCGUAUAUCGUCAUCUAAAAUAGAAGAAUGCCAUCGAGUUAUGGGUGGCGAUGAUAUGUCCACCAAGAAGAAAUCGUACAUAUCAGAAGAAAAGCUUUGUAUAUCGAAAGGCUGUUGUUACAACGAAUCUUCUUCAACGAAGUGUUAUUUACCUUCUGACAGUUCUUGUGUAAAGUCACCUUGCAAAAAUGAUGGAAUUUGUCUAGAUAAAUUGGGAGAGAAAACAGAAUAUGAAUGUUUAUGUAAAGACAGUUUUGGAGGCAAAAAUUGUCAGUAUAAAAAGCAGUCAACAUGCGGCAUUCAAGCCAUACAGCCUAACUUAUCGCCGGUAAAAAGAAUUCGCCGAGUUGUUGGUGGCCGUAAAGCAAAAACUGCAACCUGGCCAUGGAUUGUUAGGAUUAAAAACAAAGGAUCUCAAAACUGUGCUGGAACGUUGAUCCAUCGACAAUGGGUUCUUACUGCAGCUCACUGUGUAACAGGAACAACUGCUUCGGAUUUAAGCAUAAAAUACGACAAACGAAGAAAGAUGAUUCGAAACAACGUCGGCGAAAUCGGUGUUACUUCGAUAAUUCGUUCCAAUUACACUAAUGAUACUGUUCCAAGGAACGACAUAGCAUUACUGAAACUAGAGAAAUUGGUUAACGUCAAUAAAUAUGCAGAUAUUUUAUGUCUUCCCCGAUAUCAGUCAGAAAAUCCAGAUCCAGGGACUAGAUGUUGGAUUGCAGGAUGGGGAAAUAUCAAGAAUGAUAAAAUGCAGGAAAACGGCUUCUACCAGGCGGAUAUUCCAAUAAUGUCAACAAAAGCUUGUAACGGUAAACAAGAUUAUGAUAAUUAUUAUCACCUUGUUGAUGAAAACAUGAUUUGUGCCGGAUACAACGACGGAGGAGUUGACUCUUGCAAUGGUGACAGUGGCGGACCAUUAAUGUGUAACAGAGUGGAUGGAUCGUGGUAUGUCUCCGGGAUUGUGUCAUGGGGAUACAAAUGCGCAGACGCAGAUUCACCUGGAGUCUACACUCGUGUUUCUCGUUAUUUAGAAUGGAUUCACAGUACAAUUUAUGGCGAUGGAUGAAGCCACGUUGUGUGAAUUUUGAAAAGAAUAAAUUAUAAUGCUGCUUUGGAAGUCGAAGCCGAGUCACUAUCGACGGCAUCAAAGAGGAACAGAUAGUAGUACACAAAUACAUAUGAUCCCAAUCAUCAUUUGAAGGAUCUCUUACAUAAAAAAGCGUUGAGCUAUCAUAUGGGCAGCUGGAAGUCUUGAAAUACAUUGAAUGACUUUUAAUUAAGUUUGUUCGUAGUAUAAAAUUGUGAAAAUAUGCCAUGAACUAUGUGUGAGAAAAAAAGAAUUUAUUGUUUUUUUGGCAAACGUCAAAACAAUAUAUAUAUAUACAUAUAGGUACAUGGUACAUAGGUACAUAGGUAUUAUAUAUUUAUACUGUAUAUAAUAUACUUGAAUAAUUCAGUAAAAAACAAUGUGGCGUCAAAAGCAUAAAAAAUAUCACAGAGUUUGAUGGAUAACCUUCCUAAUAUUCGACCGGGUCGUAAACGACGCAAAGAGGAAGGUCCGCAUAUUGUACUGUUUCACUAUCCCAGCAUACUAUGUAUUUGAUUAUGGUCAGACAUCUGAUUUGGAACAGUUGGGGUAUCAGAAAUUUUAGAUUAUAGAUUGGCACUCCGUCUAAUUACUUUUUGUUUCGAUAUUUAUCUUAAUAUAAUUAUAGUUUCCUCAUGAUGUUAACACUGUGGUUACAUAUUAGAGGGCAAUUGCAAUACAUUUAUUUUUUAUUGUCAGACUUGCUGCUUUUACAUAAGCAGCAAUUUUUAUCUCAUUUAUAAGUCAACGUUAUUGAAUAUUUCUUUGUUAUUUUAUUUAUUUUUGUGAUCUAAAUUUUGUGAAACUAAAAAAUGAUGUAUAUUUCAAUAAUAGUAUUACAUCCAUUGAAUAAAUGUAAAAGAAUAACAACAAGAUGUAAACUCGGUUAUAAUUAAAUAACUUUGAGUAUGUUGCGUUAGUUAUGGAAGGCGCCGCAGUAGCCAACCGGCCAACCGGUUUCUCGUUUGUUUUCUGUUUCUUUUACUGAAUCAUCGGGGC